AUGGCUACCCACGUGCCCAUGCCUCCAGGCCUUCCACAGAUGCUCAAGGCGGGCAUGAAGUAUUUCAGUGGCAUCCAGGAAACCCUCUUCAGCAACAUCACAGCUUGUAAAGCUUUGGUGCGCUGCUUGCGUACUUGCUACGGUCCGCAGGGCCACAACAAGCUGGUGAUCAACCAUCUUGGCAAGACGUUCCACACUUCCCAUGCUGCCACCAUCUUGCGCGAAUUAGAGUUGGAGAACCCUGUGGCUUGUUUGCUGCGCUCGGCUGCUGAAACGCAAGAGGAAGAGACGGGCGAUGGCACAAAUUUUGUUAUCCUCCUGGCGGGGGCACUUUUGGAGAAUGCUGAGAAGCUGCUACGGUCAGGGCUACCAGUGGUCCACGUUCAGUCUGGCUAUGAGAUGGCUUGCAAGGAAGCUUUGCGCCUGCUGCCUAGCCUGGUGUGUCAUGUGCUGAAAAACCCACGUGACGUGGAUGAGGUGCGGUUGGUCCUUCAGACCAUUGUGGGCAGCAAAGUCUUUGGCCACCAGAAGUUCUUGUCCAAACUAGUGGCCAAGGCUUGUGUUUUGGUGAUGCCUCCAGAGUGUACCACCUUCAACCCGGAUCUCAUCCACUUAUGUAAAAUCCCAGGGGGUGGCAUCACCGACUCUUGCCUUGUGGAGGGGAUGGUCACCUGCAAAGAGGUUGAAGGGACUGUCAAGCGGGUGGAGAGAGCCCGUAUUGCGGUCUACUGCUGCAACUUUGGCGCACCUGGAUUGGAAUUAAAGAGCACUGUAGUCUUCGACAACGCCACAGACAUGAAGAGCUACAGCAAAGGGGAAGAGCGGCUCGUGGAGCAGCAGGUCCUGGGCCUUGCAAAGGCUACCAUCAAUGUGGUGGUGGUUGGAGGAAAGGUGGACGAUUUGGCCCUCUUCUAUGCCAACCGGUAUCGGAUACUGGUGGUCCGGCUGACCUCCCGCGUGGAGCUGCAGCACCUGUGUACGGCUCUGGGAGCCACUCUGAUGCUUGACAUAGCCGUCCCGUCUCCGGAAGAGAUUGGACACUGCCGCCGCGUCUACAUGACCGAGAUCGGCAGCACCACUGUGGUGAUUUUCAAUCAGGAUCCUACCACUCGUCCUGUUGCCACCAUAGUACUGAGAGGAGCCACCAGCGACAUGCUGGAUUGCUUGGAAGAAGCCAUCCAUGAUGGAGUCAACGUCUACAAGAUUUUGGGCAAGGAUGGCCGUCUCUUGCCAGGUGCUGGCGCAACGGAGACGGCGCUAUCGGUGCGGCUCAAUACCCUGGGGAUGUACUAUCCAGGUUCGGAGCAGUAUGGCGUGGUAGAGUUCUCCCAAGCGUUGAAAACGCUCCCUGCCACCUUGGCCGAAAAUUCAGGUCUCCGAGUCAAUGAAGUGAUGGCCAAGUUAGAAGUGCAGCACCAACUAGGUUUGCAAAACACCGGCAUCACAUUGGCCUUGGAGGAAGGCGGCACCAUCGACACCGCCAAGGGAGGCCUGCUAGAUCCAUUCUUAGUGAAACAACGAGGCAUCAGGUUGGCCACCCAGAUGGCCGUCACACUGCUGGGAGUGAGUGAAGUCAUGGUGGCCAAGAAGAGUGGCGGACCCAAAUUCAGAGGGGAAAAUCCCAACUGGGACCAAGAACCAGAUGAACUGGACUGA